AUGCCUCUUGAAUCUCCCCUUCAAGGCUACGACCGAACGAAUAAUCCCAUAACCGCCAUCAUGGCGAUCGACGUCCACAAAACCGAUGCGAAAGGCGAUGCGAAGAGCGAUAUCAAGGUUCCUGCGCCAGCUCCCAACGCGGGCUUGGUCAGAAAACCAAGCGAUCCUCAUCCGGCUGGUCGCGUCAAACACAGCCUAGUAGUGCAGGUCCUUCGGGGCUUCUCGUUCGGCGUUUACUUUGCUGCUUGUUGCCUUGCCAUCAUCACGACCCAAAUCUUGGGCGUUCCACUAUACUGGGCGAAUCGCGACAUGUUCUACUCCUACAUGGCGCUCACGAAGCAGUCCUUUGGCCUGACUAUCACCGCCAUGACCCAUAUUUGGAGCAGUACUACCAUCAGAAUAAGCGGCGAUGCGUCGAUGAACGGGCAAAUCCAGAAGACGGCGGACGGAAGGGUCCAGUUCAACUUCCCAGAGCGUGUGGUGCUCAUCGCGAACCAUCAGAUCUACACCGAUUGGCUCUACCUAUGGUGGGUGGCCUACGCGAACUCUCCGAGCAUGCAUGGCCACAUCUACAUCAUUCUCAAGGAAUCUCUCAAGUACAUCCCCGGAGUUGGCGCCGGCAUGAUGUUCUACGGCUUCAUCUUCAUGUCGCGCAAGAUGUCGACCGACCAGCCGCGACUCGCGCACCGACUUCAGAAGCUGAAGAAGCAACACGUUGGCGCCAACGGGAAUAAGUAUCUCGAUCCCAUGUGGCUCUUACUCUUCCCCGAGGGUACGAACUUGUCCACCAAUGGUCGCAGGAAAUCGGCGGCUUGGGCCAAGAAGAACGACCUUAAGGAUCCCGAACACGUCCUGCUGCCCCGGAGCACAGGCACGUUCUUCUGCUUGAACGAGCUGAAAGGUUCGCUCGACUACGUUUACGACUGCACAGUCGCGUACGAAGGAGUUCCCCGUGGCAAGUUUGGCGACCAGUUCUUCACCCUCACUAGCACCUACUUCCAAGGUCGCCCCCCCAAGUCCGUCAACUUCCACUGGCGUCGCUUCCGCCUCGCCGAUAUUCCUCUGGACGACGCCAAAGUUUUUGACACUUGGCUGCGCGAGCAGUGGUACGAGAAGGACGCCAUCAUGGAAGAGUACCUGUCCACGGGACGCUUCCCUGCGAGCCAGGACCUCAAGGGUGGCUUCGUCGAGACGGAGGUCCGCUUGAAGAGCUGGAUCGAACUCGGACAGAUCUUUGUCGUGCUCGGCAUUGCCGGCCUCGUUUUGCGCAUUGUCGCCAACUCUAUCACUAGAUUCGCUUCGGUUCUCUAG